AUGGCUUCAUCAGCCAAAGACUAUUAUGAUCUCGGUUCAUACCGCAGGAGGGUGAGCGCGAGUACCGAGACUUCCCUGGAAUGGUUCAACCGUGGCCUCAUCUGGAGUUACGGAUUCAACCACGAGGAGGCUGCGAAAUGCUUCCAACGAGCAAUCGAUAAUGACAGUAAUUGCUGCAUGGCCUACUGGGGCCUGGCGUAUGCUCUCGGACCCAACUACAAUAAACCAUGGGACUUCUUUGACGCGGCUGAGCUUGAGGCCACAGUCCAGCGCACGCAUCAUGCGGUUGAGCAGGCACGGUCUUGCGCGGCCGAUGCAUCGCCAGUCGAGAAAGCUCUCGUCGAGGCUUUGAGAUACCGGUACCCGCACGAGCAUGCGGAUAAGGAUUGUUCGAUAUGGAACCAAAGCUAUGCCGAGGCCAUGGGAUGGGUGUACAAGGACUUCUCCGAUGAUCUGGACGUCGCGGCGCUGUACGUGGACGCCUUGAUGAACCGUACCCCGUGGCAGCUUUGGGAUUUACAGACUGGGCAGCCAGCAUCUGGUGCUCAUACACUUGAGGCACAGGCAAUACUGGAACGGUCGAUGGCCCAAGUUGGGGGAUCUGAUCACCCAGGGCUAUUACACCUUUACAUUCAUCUCAUGGAGAUGUCGCCAACUCCUGAAGCGGCUAUCGAUGCCGCCAACACUCUGCGUGAUCUGGUACCACACGCAGGUCAUCUCAACCACAUGCCGACACACAUCGACGUCCUAGUCGGCGACUACCAGAACGCGAUUGAGUCAAACCAAAAGGCCAUCGUCGCCGACGACAUCUUCUUCUCACGUGAGGAGCCGCUCAAGUUCUACACGCUCUACCGAGCUCAUGACUAUCACUUUCGCAUCUAUGCAGCCAUGUUCGCCGCGCAGUCUCGAGCGACCCUCGACACAGUGUCCCGACUCGAAAAAGCGUUGCCGGAGCAGUUACUGCGUGUCGAGUCCCCGCCCAUGGCUGACUGGCUGGAAGGUUUUCUGGCGAUGCGCGUGCACGCCAUGAUCAGAUUCGGUCGCUGGCAGGACAUCAUCGACCUACCCUUCCAUGACGAUCGCAAGCUUUACUGCGUGACGACGGCGAUGGCUCACUACGCCAAGGGCGUUGCUUUCGCGGCAACCGGCAGAAUCCACGAGGCCGCAGAGCAGCGCGAGCUGUUUGCCGAUACCGUCAAAGCCGUUCCGUCUUCUCGCACGCUGUUUAACAACAAGUGCCUCGAUAUCCUGCAAGUGGCCGAGGCGAUGCUUGACGGUGAGCUGGAGUACCGCCGCGGAAACUACGAGCCCGCCUUUGCGCGCUUGCGGAGGGCUAGCGAGCUGAGCCGGGCUCUUCCCUAUGAUGAGCCCUGGGGCUGGAUGCAGCCGCCUGCCCAUGCUCUCGGUGCUCUGCUCACGGAGCAGGGUCGCUAUGAUGAGGCGGUUGACAUCUAUGCCGAAGACCUGGGAAUGAGUGACAAGCUUCCGAGAGCGCUGCAGCAUCGCAACAAUGUGUGGUCUUUACAUGGUUACCACGAGUGUCUGUUGAAGCUGGGUCGCGUCGAAGAAGCAGAAGCUGUAAAGCCGCAGCUUGACCUGGCGGUUGCGGGGGCAGAUAUCCCCAUCAAAUCCUCGUGCUUCUGCCGGCAAUCGCCAUGA